UUGGUGUCAACUCCGAAUCGAGAGAGAGAAAAAAAGACGCCAUUAACAGUGCUCUGAUUAUUAGGAAGAUCACGCGAUUCAAUCUCCUAAAUUCCUUCUUUUUUACAGAAAAUGGCGUGCUCGAGUUUGGUGAAGUUAAACGCAUCGUCUUCCCAGUGGAUCGGCGGUCAAAAGUCGUUCGAUCAGCGGUCUGGAUCAUCUCUUCGAUUCGCCAAUCGCCGUAUCUCCGUUGUUCGAGCUGGAGGUUACCGCGAUGAGCUUGUCAAAACCGCUAAAACCAUUGCAACUCCUGGUCGUGGUCUCCUUGCAAUUGAUGAAUCAAGUGCUACCUGUGGAAAGAGAUUGGCAUCUAUUGGCCUAGACAACACAGAAGUCAAUCGACAAGCGUACCGACAACUUUUGCUUACAACUCCUGGCUUGGGUGAUUACAUAUCAGGGGUUAUUCUUUUCGAAGAGACACUCUACCAGUCGACAACAGAUGGAAAGAAGUUUGUGGAUGUCUUGAAAGAGGCAAAUAUUGUUCCUGGUAUCAAAGUUGAUAAGGGUUUAGUCCCCCUACCAGGAUCCAACAACGAGUCAUGGUGCCAGGGACUUGAUGGUUUGGCUUCUAGAUCUGCUGAAUACUAUCAACAAGGUGCUCGUUUUGCAAAGUGGAGAACAGUUGUGAGCAUCCCUUCUGGACCUUCAGCUUUGGCCGUUAAGGAGGCUGCAUGGGGACUUGCACGCUAUGCUGCCAUAUCUCAGGAUAACGGUUUGGUGCCUAUUGUGGAGCCUGAAAUUCUUCUUGAUGGGGAUCAUCCCAUUGAGAGAACUCAAGAAGUUGCAGAGCGGGUGUGGGCAGAAGUCUUUUACUAUUUGGCUGAGAAUAAUGUCAUGUUUGAGGGUAUUCUACUCAAACCCAGCAUGGUUACUCCAGGAGCUGAUCACAAGCAAAAAUCAACCCCCGAAGCUAUUGCUGAAAGCACACUCUCUGUACUCAGACGGAGGGUGCCUCCAUCUGUCCCCGGAAUCAUGUUCUUGUCUGGGGGGCAAUCUGAAGUGGAAGCGACACUUAACCUGAAUGCAAUGAACCAAAGCCCAAACCCAUGGCACGUAUCGUUCUCAUAUGCACGCGCCCUUCAGAAUACAGUGCUUAAGACAUGGAAAGGACUUCCUGAGAAUGUUGAAGCUGCAAAGAAGGCUUUGCUUGUUCGUGCAAAGGCAAACUCACUGGCUCAACUCGGUAAGUACUCAGCUGAGGGUGAGAAUGAGGAGGCUAAGACGGGUAUGUUCGUCAAGGGCUACACUUAUUAAACGGUUUUCGCAGCUGAUGAUGUUUAUUAUGAGAGAUUGAGAAAGGAGAUUUUAUAAGACACAUAAUUCUCCACCCCAAUAAUUUGCUUAUCUUGAAACUCUUUUUAUCUUAAUCUUAUUAUGUUUUACAUCUUCUCUCAUUAAUCCCAAUUUCUUAUGUUCAUUAGGAGAUUGCAGGAGAUUAUGGAACAGAUAAAAUUGUUGUUUUUUAAAUAGUUUAUGUGAGUUUCUUGGAU